AUGAGCUCUCGUGACACCUUAGGCGACGCAGGUGACCCACCCGGCUCCGCUCCGGUGGCCGGCGUCCCCAGCCCUCCAGCGCCUCCCCCGAGCCUCCCUGUAGUUAGCCCCCGCCAGCCUCCGUCGCUGCUCCCGCGGAGCGGCGGCUCCACCUCGCUCGUGCCUGCAGUGCACGACCCAACCCAGAGCCCCACUCAACCAACGAACGAUGUUGCUUCGGCAGUGCCCGUCCACUCCUCGCCUGUUGCUGUUCCCCUCCUGGGGCCUCGCACCCGGAAAGCUCCCUCCCUUUGGGCGGCGGUGCGGCCCUCGUCUCCCGUCGCAGAUGCAGCUCCUUCGGGGACGUGCGACUUCGUGAAGACGGUGACCCCCCGCGAGUGCUUAGAGACCGCGACGACGCGCAUCAUCCAGUGCGUGGGGGACAUACUGGCGGCGCUUCAGUACCUGAGCCCGCAGGAGCGGAUCCCGCGCGACGCUGCGUCGGUCUUCAAGGCCGUUACCGAUGUCCCGACGGUGGUGGACUGGCUGCGCCGCUCCUCGUGCCGGGUGGGCAUCACCAUGGCCCUGAGCAUGGUGCUUGCCCACUGCUCCAAGGGCUUCGACGUGGAAGAGGUGACGGCGGGCUUCCCGUCCGAGACCGGCGACUUUGACUUCGCGGAGAUGCUGCGCUAUAUGGACGUGGUCCGCCCAUAUGCCGACCGCGUGUUGGCGACGGCGGACCUGGAGACGCAUAUUACCAGCCAGACGGCUCCGGAGGAUGCUGAGAAGGAGGGAUUCGGGGAGGGGCCGAAGAACUUUCCGGCUGUGCGCCUGUUCCAUGCUGCCACUAACAACGGCUUGUCGACCUACCCGGUCGUCAAGUACAUGCCAAAGUUCCUCCACGGAGACAGUGGUGCGGAGACGUUGGUCGACCCUGAGGCCAGUUCCUCCAAGUAG